AUGUCAAACCUACUUAAACAUAUUCAAGAAAAAAACGUUAGAAAACUUGCAAAAAAAGCGACACAGGUCCCGUCUGAUAAACUUCCUCCCGUGCUUCAAAACCGUAAAACAGCUACUUUGGUCCUCAAAGCUCUAAAGAAAGAUCAAUAUAUGCCCGCUCUUGUAUUUGAGUGGAAUGAAGCAGGUUUCAAUGAUGUUCUCACUGCUUCAGGUUUUCGAAAUGGCAUUGCCAGCCAAAAUAAGGCUAUGAUUAUCACAAAUCUUACGACAAAUGGAGCAACAAGCUAUAAUGAUGUUGGCAUUGCAUCAACCAGGCUUCCAGAUGUUUGCACUUCAGUCAUCAGAAUUAACCGAAUUACUGAGCGUGAUACAGGCACACCCUCAACUGUGUUUGAUCUCGAGGACUAUACAAUUGUCUUUGUCAUCCUUAAUAAUUGA